AAGGGCCCGCAUUUCCCACAGCGUAUCAGAUUAGACCUCCAAUCUGUCUCUUCUGCGCUACACGCGCCGACUGCAACUCAGCGGCGGGCGACUCUCGUGUCGGCGUCCCAGCCGUGAUGCGUGGCAGCUGCUAGCGGUGGAAAUGGCUCGAUCGCCUCGGGAACGAUGCUGCUACUGCUGCUCCGCCUCUUCUUCUGCGUUGAUCCUCCGUCUUCACAUUUUCAUCUCUGAUUUUUACUACAUCGACUCCUAGAACCCUAACCCCGGACGCCGAGGAUUGCUCCGUCGAUUCGUGCUGCGCAGGUUUGAGAAAUGGCGGCGGCGGAGGGAGUUGCGAAGCUUCUGUACAUAGUGGUGCUGGAGGAUGACGCGGCGCCGGCGGAAGUGGAGAAGAGAGGUCCGCCGUCGUUCCGCUACACGCGUUCGGUUCUGCAAAGUACUCUGCAGCUAAUGGGUUGCAAGGCUCGUCAUGCCUUUAAGAUUAGCCAAAGGGUACUUGAAAUACUCAGAAGUGAAAGCUUUGUGGAUAAAUUGGCUCCCGAAUGUAUAGAGGUGUCACCACCACGGGGUGUCAAAGUGCAUCCUCAAGGGGAUUCUGAAUGCUGUGUUCAUGCAUGCUCGGACAAAGGUGAUGCUGAUAAUAUAACAACGGAGGAAGAUAAAAGCAAAAGCGACAGCAAGCCGUUUGAAUUAUACAAAAGACGCACAACAAUGGUUAUCAGGAGGAAAGUAUUUCUAGAUGUUGUUUGUGAAGCUCUCACAGAAUACAAGUAUGUUGGGCCAAACCAGAGGGCUGAUCUAGUCUUAGCUUGCAGAAUCAGAGAAAGAAAGGAAUCUGUGACUGUAUUACUCUGUGGCACGAGCGGCUGCGGAAAAUCUACUUUAUCUGCCUUGCUGGGAAGCAGGCUGGGUAUUACAACUGUUAUAUCUACUGACUCAAUUCGGCAUAUGAUGAGAAGUUUUGUUGGUGAAGAACAAAACCCUUUGCUCUGGGCUUCAACUUACCAUGCUGGUGAAUAUUUGGAUCCAGUUGCAGUUGCAGAGGCAAAGGCCAAAAAGAAAGCGAAAAAAACAGCUGGUAUUUCUGCUGCCUCACCUGCUAAGGAUGAAUUGCCCAGUAAUUCUUCAACUGGAAAAUCUGAUGGAAGUACAACCACCAGUGAUUUGAUAAGUCCAAAGCGGAUGGCAAUUGAAGGGUUCAAAGCACAAAGUGAGAUGGUAAUUGAUAGCCUCGACCGGUUGAUAACUGCGUGGGAAGAACGAAAAGAAUCAGUUGUGGUUGAAGGGGUUCACCUGAGUCUCAAUUUUGUGAUGGGGCUCAUGAAGAAACAUCCUUCAGUUAUACCGUUCAUGAUUUACAUUGCAAACGAAGAAAAGCACUUGGAAAGAUUUGCUGUUCGUGCUAAAUACAUGACAUUAGACCCUGCUAGGAACAAGUAUGUUAAAUAUAUCCGGAACAUAAGAACAAUCCAGGAGUACCUCUGCAACCGAGCAGAUAAGCAUUUGGUGCCAAAGAUAAACAACACUAAUGUUGAUAAAAGUGUGGCAGCCAUUCACGCGACGGUCUUCAGCUGCUUGAGAAGGCGUGAGGCAGGUGAGCAUCUUUACGAUUCGACCACAAACACAGUUCCCAUUGUUGAUGAGGAGUACAGGAAUCAGUGUACUGCCAAUUCAUUGAGCUCCAAGGGAAUGUUUCAGCUGAUCCAGAGGCAAGGUUCCACAAGGCAGUUAAUGGCACUUCUGAAUGAUGAUGGCUCCGUGGCAAAGGCAUGGCCAGUUGACAUCCUAGGUAGUAAUGGCACACACAUUGCGAACUAUCCUACAUGGAACGGGAUAGGGACGCCUAUGUAUGGACCCUUGCAGAUUGGUAAAGCAGAGCCCGUCAAUCUGCAGUUUGGUCACUUUGGUAUUAGUGCUUGGCCUGGUGAUACUGGAGGCACAAGUCACGCCAGCAGUGUGGAUGAGUCGAAGGGUGAGCUGACCGACACUGGUAGCAGAUACUUGUCAUCUUGCUGCAGCUCACCAAGAAAUUCUGAUGGCCCUGCUAAAGAGCUCAUGGAAGAACUCUCCGUGCACGGAAGUGAUGAAGAGGUUGACGAGCCGCUGGAGGUGGAUAGUGACGAGGAUCUUAGUGAUGGAGAGAAGCAACUCCAAGAAGAGUUGGAAGGCUCCGUGGACGAAGAAUCCACCAAGUCGGACGAGGAGUAUGACGACCUUGCGAUGCAAGACAAUGGGUAUCUGUCCGAUGAUGAUGAAGAGCUGAAGUCCAACGAUGUUUCAAAAGAGCAAUCAAACGAGAUAGACGUGCAACAAAAAAUGGAGGUUUUCGAGAGAGCUAAAAGCGAGCCGUUGCCGGAUUCAAUGAUGCGUCGUGCCUUGGCACCUUUCAGAGAGAGAAAAGCAGCAGCUAGUGUGAGAUUAAGAAAGCGUUCUCAGAGUAUAAAUCGUUGAGGGUGGUUGUCUCUGAAUUCUCUGUUAAAAUUUUCCACACUCUUCAGCUACUACUAGUCUGUUUUAUGUAUAUAUUCUUUGAUUACUAGUCUGUUUCUUUUGGAUUUUUCUAACUGAGUUUGGAUGCAUUUGAGAUUGACAAAUUGCCUCUUUUCUUCUUUUA